AUGGCCGCGAACAUUAAUAUCACUGUUGAAUUCACUGGCGGACUAGAGAUGUUGUUUGACAAUGUCCCCAAACAUUCUGUGUCGCUAUCAAGUGAGGCAGCCGACGGGAAACCGCCUACCGUUGGCUACCUGGUCACCUACCUAUGUGAUAAUCUCAUGAAGGAUUCGAGGAAAGAGCUUUUUGUCCUUGAUGGAGCCGUGCGUCCAGGCAUCUUAGUGCUCAUCAAUGAUUCGGACUGGGAACUAGAAGGCGAAGACAAGUACGAAUUGGUUAACAAUGAUAAUAUUCUCUUCGUCUCUACACUACAUGGCGGUUAA